AUGAAGACCCUCCUGGUCCUGCUGCCGCCGCUGCUGCUGCUCUCCACUCCCCAAUGUGCCCCCCAGACCCCCCUGAUCCGAGGAGAUGCUCUGGAGAGGUCCUGCCUUCAGCAACCCCUGGACUGCGAUGACAUCUACAGCCAGGGCUACCAGGCGGACGGUGUGUACCUCAUCUACCCUGAGGGGCCCAGCGUGCCGGUGCCCGUCUUCUGCGACAUGACCACGGAGGGCGGGAAGUGGACGGUUUUCCAGAAGCGAUUCAACGGCUCCGUGAGCUUCUUCCGGGGCUGGAAUGACUACAAGCUGGGCUUCGGCCGCGCCGACGGGGAGUACUGGCUGGGGCUGCAGAACCUGCACCUCCUCACGCUGAAGCAGAAGUACGAGCUGCGCGUGGACCUGGAAGACUUUGAGAACAACACAGCCUAUGCCAAGUACGCCGACUUCUCCAUCGCGCCCAACGCCAUCAGCGCCGAGGAGGACGGCUACUCCCUCUAUGUGGCCGGCUUCGAGGAUGGCGGUGCAGGAGACUCCCUGUCUUACCACAGCGGCCAGAAGUUCUCCACCUUCGACCGGGACCAGGACCUUUUCCUGCAGAACUGCGCGGCCCUCUCCUCGGGCGCCUUCUGGUUCCGAAGCUGCCACUUCGCCAACCUCAACGGCUUCUACCUGGGGGGCUCCCAUCUCUCCUAUGCCAACGGCAUCAACUGGGCCCAGUGGAAGGGCUUCUACUACUCCCUCAAGCGCACCGAGAUGAAAAUACGGCGGGCCUGA